GUACUCCCUCCGAGGGAAUAUUUCGCCAACUUUGGGAAUCGCUUAGCAGGGAUGGAAUGAAGAAGUUUUGCCGCUUGAUAGGCCGUCGUCUGACUAUAUACGGGGCUUAAUCACUUUCGAUAGUGACUGGCGCACAAAGCCGCGUUAAAUUAUGUGGGAAGAGGAUAAGAUGUUGGGUGGCGUGGGAGGCCGGCACAUGUCUACGCGUCGGCGUGGCAGCAGCCCGCUGGUGCGUGGAGGUGCGGGCCUCACAGGAUAUGCCGGACCAGGGGCCUCUGGAAAUUCGAACGAUGUUGCUGCAAUACCACCGGAUAUGCAGAGAUACGCUGCAAGAAGGCGCAGAGCUGUUACAACUAGUGAUCACAAGAGCUGCGCCCUUGUGCAGACCCGUAUUAAACUCGGCGAUAUCAUGUUGGCAGCGCAAGAGGCGGCACAAAGGGACCCUGGAUACGCGAGUCAGUACAGGAGAAGGCCGAGGUUGGCCGGACUGAGUUUCGGUGACUGGACUAGCUUUGGAGGGGAGGUACCUGGUCUGGUGGACAUGGCGCCAGGCCGGGAUCAGGGCGGAGGGGCGGGUGGGGGUGGGGGAGGCGGCAAGGGCACCACGUCGUUGUUCAUCCUUUCGGAGGAUAACUGCAUAAGGAAGCAUACCCGCUUCAUAAUCGAGUGGCCGCCCUUCGAGUACGCCGUCCUGCUCACCAUCAUCGCCAAUUGCGUGGUCCUCGCCCUCGAGGAGCACCUGCCCAAGCAGGACAAAACCAUACUCGCACAGAAGCUCGAGGCCACGGAAAUCUAUUUCCUCGGGAUCUUCUGCGUCGAGGCGAGCCUCAAGAUCCUCGCCCUUGGCUUCGUCCUCCACCGUGGCUCCUAUUUGCGCAACAUCUGGAACAUCAGAUUCUUCGUCGUGGUGACCGGGUUCAUCACGGCGUUCUCGCAAGGCAUAGAACUGGAUAUGGAUCUGCGCACGUUGCGUGCGAUACGCGUGUUGCGACCGCUCAAACUUGUCUCCGGCAUACCGAGUGAGUAUGCUUGCAGAUGUUUAAACAGCCUAACACUGACCUACAUGUUCACCUUGCUCAGUAUAACACUACAUAUGGGCUUCACGUGGCUCUGGUCAAAUUUGCAGACAAACGACGCUCUUGGCAGCACGUACAACUGGAUUUACUUUAUACCAUUGAUCGUCCUUGGCUCAUUCUUCAUGCUGAACUUAGUUCUCGGUGUUCUGAGCGGAGAGUUUGCGAAGGAGAGAGAAAAGGUGGAGAACCGGCAGUCCUUCCUCAAAUUGCGAAGACAGCAGCAGCUCGAGCAUGAACUGUACUGUUACCUGAAUUGGAUCUGCAAAGCAGAGGAGGUAAUACUCGCGGAAGAAAGGACCACAGAAGAGGAGAAAAAGCAUAUAUUAGAAGGAAGAAAAAGAGCCGAGGCGAAGAAGAAGAAGCUCGGCAAGAGCAAAAGUACGGAUACGGAGGAAGAGGAAGGCGAUGACGACCAGGAUGACGGGUUUUCGAGGUCCUCCUCGACGAAAGAAAAGGGACCUUGCAAGCAGUUCUGGCUGGCCGAGAAAAGAUUCAGGUACUGGAUACGAAAAUCCGUGAAAUCGCAAAAAUUCUACUGGUUCGUCAUCGUUCUCGUGUUCUUCAACACCGUCUGCGUGGCCGUGGAGCAUUACGGUCAGCCCCAAUGGCUGACCGAUUUCCUCUACUUCGCAGAGUUCGUGUUCCUGGCUCUGUUCAUGUUGGAGAUGUUCAUCAAGGUGUACGCGCUCGGUCCUCGCACAUACUUCGACUCGAGCUUCAAUCGUUUCGACUGCGUGGUCAUCUCGGGAUCGAUCUUCGAAGUGAUCUGGUCCGAGGUGAAGUCCGGCUCUUUCGGCCUCUCCGUCCUACGUGCCCUUAGACUCCUGCGAAUUUUUAAGGUCACCAAAUACUGGAAGAGCCUGAGAAACCUCGUAAUAUCGCUGCUCAGCUCGAUGCGUAGCAUCAUCUCCCUGCUCUUCCUGCUCUUCCUCUUCAUUCUCAUAUUCGCGCUGCUCGGUAUGCAGCUGUUCGGCGGCCAAUUCAACUUCGAUUCAGGCACGCCGCCCACCAACUUCAACACCUUUCCCAUCGCGCUGCUCACUGUCUUCCAAAUCCUGACCGGAGAAGAUUGGAACGAAGUGAUGUACCAGGGUAUAGAAUCGCAAGGUGGUCACAAGAAGGGCAUGAUCUACUCGCUCUACUUCAUCGUGUUGGUGCUGUUCGGCAACUACACACUGCUGAACGUGUUCUUGGCUAUCGCCGUCGACAAUCUGGCAAACGCACAAGAGCUGAGCGCCGCCGAGAACGAGGAGGAAGAGGAGGACAAGCAGAAGCAGGCGCAGGAGAUCGAGAAAGAGAUCCAAUCCCUGCAGAAUCCAAAAGACGGUGGCGCGCCCAAGGUAGAAAUCUGCCCUCCGAGUCCGAACCAGAAUUUCAAAGACGGUAAAGGUGGAAAACAGUCAUCCGAAGAAGAGAAAAAGCAGGAUGAAGACGAUGACACGGGACCAAAACCAAUGCUGCCAUACUCCUCCAUGUUUAUACUGUCCCCUACGAAUCCAGUAAGAAGAGCCGCCCAUUGGGUCGUCAACCUGAGGUACUUCGACUUCUUCAUAAUGGUGGUGAUAUCGCUGUCGAGUAUCGCGUUGGCCGCCGAAGAUCCCGUAUGGGAGGACUCGCCGAGGAACGAAGUUCUCAAUUACUUCGAUUACGCGUUCACAGGUGUCUUCACCGUCGAGAUGAUACUGAAGAUCAUCGAUCUCGGUAUCAUACUGCAUCCGGGCUCGUAUCUGCGCGAGUUCUGGAACAUUAUGGACGCGGUUGUGGUGAUAUGCGCCGCGGUUUCGUUCGCCUUCGACAUGACGGGCAGCUCGGCCGGGCAAAAUCUCUCCACGAUCAAGUCGUUGAGGGUUCUCCGCGUACUGAGGCCGUUAAAGACGAUCAAGAGGGUGCCGAAGCUGAAGGCGGUGUUCGACUGCGUGGUGAACAGUCUUAAAAAUGUCAUUAACAUUCUCAUAGUGUACAUAUUGUUCCAAUUCAUAUUCGCUGUGAUCGCGGUGCAGCUGUUCAACGGCAAGUUCUUCUACUGCAGCGACGAGAGCAAAUACACGCAACAGGAUUGCCAGUGAGGGUCAAUAUUCGUUUUCGAGGACGGCGCCCUGUUGCCAGAGCCAAAGAAACGUGAAUGGCAGUCGCAGUUUUUUCACUACGACAACGUGAUGGCCGCCAUGCUUACGCUGUUCGCGGUACAAACUGGCGAGGGUUGGCCGCAAAUCCUGCAGAACUCGAUGGCGGCCACGUACGAGGACAAGGGCCCCAUACAGAAUUUUCGUAUAGAGAUGUCCAUUUUCUACAUCGUCUACUUCAUCGUAUUUCCAUUCUUCUUCGUCAACAUCUUCGUGGCCUUGAUUAUCAUCACUUUCCAGGAGCAGGGAGAGGCUGAAUUGCAAGACGGUGAAAUCGAUAAAAAUCAGAAAUCUUGCAUAGACUUCACGAUACAAGCUCGCCCUCUGGAAAGGUACAUGCCGAAAGAGCGGAACAGCGUAAAGUACAAAAUCUGGAGAAUAGUGGUAUCGACGCCUUUCGAAUAUUUUAUCAUGGGUCUCAUCGUAUUAAACACAGUACUGCUCAUGAUGAAGUUCCAUCGGCAAAGCGACGCGUACAAGAACACGCUGAAGUACAUGAACAUGUGCUUCACGGGGAUGUUCACCGUCGAGUGCAUACUGAAGAUCGCCGCAUUCGGCGUCAGGAAUUUCUUCAAGGACGCCUGGAACACGUUCGACUUCAUCACGGUGAUCGGCAGCAUCGUGGACGCCCUCGUGAUCGAGUUCGGGGAGCGGUUUUCGAGUAUGCCCAGUGGCGGCCAACUAGGCGAAAAAAAGGAGAACUUUAUCAACGUCGGCUUCCUGAGGCUGUUUCGCGCGGCCAGGUUGAUCAAACUACUCAGGCAGGGUUACACGAUACGAAUUUUGCUCUGGACCUUUGUACAAUCUUUCAAAGCUCUGCCUUACGUUUGUCUCCUCAUAGCGAUGUUGUUUUUCAUCUACGCGAUCAUCGGUAUGCAGGUAUUCGGUAACAUCGCGCUGGAUGCUGAUACCUCUAUUACUAAGCACAACAAUUUCCAAAGCUUCAUUCAAGGUCUGAUGUUGCUUUUUCGGUGCGCGACUGGCGAGGCAUGGCCGAACAUAAUGCUGUCCUGCGUGAAGGGUCGGCCCUGCGACGCGAAAGCCGGUAAACAGGAGGGUGGCUGCGGCUCGAACAUAGCGUACGCCUAUUUCGUCUCGUUCAUCUUCUUCUGCUCGUUCCUGAUGCUGAAUCUGUUCGUCGCCGUCAUUAUGGACAAUUUCGAUUACCUGACGAGGGACUCGUCCAUCCUUGGCGCCCACCACUUGGACGAGUUCGUGCGCAUAUGGGCCGAGUACGACCCGAACGCGACCGGCAAGAUCCACUACACGGAGAUGUACGACAUGCUGAAGAACAUGGAUCCGCCGUUGGGGUUUGGCAACAAGUGUCCGAACAGGCUCGCCUACAAGAAACUCAUCAGGAUGAACAUGCCGGUGGACGUCGACUUGAAGGUGAACUUCACCACCACUUUGUUCGCCCUGAUCCGCGAGAAUCUCAAUAUAAAAGUGAGAAGAGCCUCCGAGAGAAACCAAGCGAACGAGGAACUGAGAGACACGAUCAGAAGUAUUUGGCCUCUGCAGGCGAAAAAGAUGUUGGACCUUUUGAUACCUAGGAACGAAGAAAUAGGCAGAGGUAAGAUGACCGUUGGUAAGAUAUACGUCUGCCUUCUGAUACUCGAAAGUUGGAGGACGACUAGGUUUGGUCAGAUAGAAUCAGCCGGACAGAACGAUAACGAUCUUAUCGAUAACGAUAAUGCUGGGCAAAGUCCUGCAGCCCAGGCGCAAGCCUUCCUCAACUGCAUACUGGACGUGACGGCGGUAAAUCAUACCGGAAAUAAUCACGGGGCCAGAAGUAGGGCGAACAGCCUCGAACACGUGGUACGGCCAACCCCGGAAACGAAGCUCGAUCAGCACAAGGAGCACAGGGAGGAAGACGACGAGCAUAGACGUCAACGUAGCAUCAGGUAUUCCAAUAAAAAGGUGAACUGGAAGAUGUCCCACCAGUACGAUAUACUAGGCAGCAGCGGAGAGAGUAGCCAGGGAGGGGGUGGGUCUGGGGUUGUACCCGUAGUUAAUGAUGAGGAUCGCGCCCCCGAGCUAGAGCCAUUGCUGGCUGAGGUGCCCUCCCAGCAGGAUCAAAACUACUACUACCACCAUCACCAUCACGACCAAUACUACGAUACCGACAAUGAUCUAUACUAUGACCAUCACCACCACCACCACCACCAUCACCAUCACCAUCAUCAUCAUGCUCACCGACCACCCUCGUACUAUCAACACCAGAAUACCUACGCACCUCGCUCCUCGAUCCGUUACCACAAGAUGGAGCUUCAGGACGUCGUGGUUAGCGACUCCCGUGCCGGUAGCCUCGAGAGCCUCACCCACGCCGGCAAAAGGCUUCAUCCACCUGUGCAGCCAGUUAGACAUCCAUCGCGCUCGCCGAGUCUAAGGAGGCACUCGCCAGGGCGACCCGGAUACGAUCAUCACGGUCAUUAUUACCACGAAGGACCAGGGUUUAGCGAUACGGUUAGCAACGUCGUCGAGAUUCAGAGACACACGCAUCAUCCCCAUCCGUCACAGUACAAUCAUCGGCACAGGAUGCGAGACUAUUACGACCACUGCGACUAUUACGACGAUGGUCCGUGGAGCGCUUCGACCAGCCCGGCGAGGACGCCGAGCCCGAUACACCACAUCGAGCGUGGCCGGCAUUACGGGACGACCAGUUUGGAGCAACGAUCGAGGAGUCCAAGCCCGAUCGGUGGCCGCCAGCCACCCCACACGCACCAGCAUUAUCAUCGGCAUCAUCCCCAUCAGCACAGUUACCCGGUGCUGGUGACGAGGCGUGGGCGUGGCCGUCGAUUGCCCCCAACCCCCAACAAACCCUCGACACUGCAGCUCAAACCGGCCAACAUCAAUUUCCCGAAGUUGAACGCCUCGCCUACCCACGGCUCGCACAUACACGUGCCGAUCCCGGCCGGUAUGCAGCAUCCGCCACCCGGCCAGCAUCUGCCUCCCAUGCAACCGAGCCACUGCCCCCUAAGCUUCGAGCAAGCGGUGGCGAUGGGCCGAGGUGGCCGCCUCUUGCCCAGCCCUGUGCCCAACGGCUACAAACCGCAGCCUCAGGCCAAGCAGAGGACACCCAGGUCGAGACACUCGGACAGCGACGAAGACGACUGGUGCUAGCCAAAGUGGGACCCUGGACGGUGGUCCGGUGACGUGGACGCCCCCAGGCGUCUUAGGGUUUGCGCGUGAAUCUUCCACGUUGGGAGGCGCGUCAAUUAUUAAACCGUGAAAACGCAAGUGCGACUCGACCGGCUUGGUACUCGGGGAGACUACGUCUGUGAGAUGUCCGCAAGUGGGACGGGAAAGGAGGUGUUACGCGGCAACGAAGAGAGAGAAA